AUGAACGAAGCAGACAAAUUUGGUGGCUGGGAGAAAGUUAGAAACUUAGGAAAUGGAGGAUUUGGUAUUGUUGAUCUAUGGAAAAAGGGUGAUGAAGAAAUAGCCUUGAAGCAGAUUCGUGCAAGUGGAGAUAUUAACCAGACAGUAAUGGAAAGAUGGAAGAAGGAGAUUGAAAUCAUGAAAAGGCUUAGACAUAUAAAUGUCAUCACAGCUAAAGAGAUUCCAGUACCUCUGAAAAUUCUGAGUCAAAACUUACCAAUUUUGGCCAUGGAAUAUUGUUCAAAAGGAGAUCUCAGGAAGGUAAUAUCAAAAACAUGUAAUGGACUGAAAGAAAUUGAAGUUCUACAGUUUUCAAAAGAUGUUAGCUCUGCUGUCGAAUAUCUUCACUCUCAAAGGAUUGUCCACAGAGAUCUGAAGCCUGAAAACAUAGUCUUACAGGAAAUGGAUGCUAAAAUCAUCUAUAAACUGAUUGAUCUUGGCUAUGCUAAAGAUCUUGAUCAGGACAGCAUUUGCAACUCAUUUGUUGGAACUUUACAAUAUUUGGCUCCAGAACUAUACCAACAGCAAAGCUAUACGCACACUGUGGAUUAUUGGUCACUAGGGACGGUUAUUUUUGAGAUCAUCACUGGUUUCCGUCCAUUUUUACCAAACAUGCCUCCAGUUAAAUGGUUUGAAAUUGUAAAGGACAAAAAAGAUGAGGACAUUUCUGUAUUGCAAGAAAAUGGCAAAAAUGUAUUCUCUAGUGAAUUACCAGUUCAUAUCCAUCUUUGCGAGCCUCUGAAGCAAGCCUUCCAGAAAUGGUUGAAGACAAUGCUAACAUGGGAUCCAACAAUCCGUGGUUUUGACCAUCAAGAAAAGGGCAAGAAAGAAAAGUGCUUUAUUCAUCUAGAAAAGAUUCUGGAAAUGAAGAUCCUCUCUUUCUAUUACGUGAUGGAAAACACAAUGCUACAUUAUCCAUUGGCCCAAGAUCAAACCUUUGAAGAUGUACAAAACCUCAUCUUUGCUAGAACAAAAAUUCCCAUAGAAGAACAAGAAAUUUUCUUGGUUGAUGGUAAAGAACCCAAGAAAUAUGAAAUGGCUAAAAAUAUCUUGAGCCAAAAUAAUGUUCAUGGAGAGACUUAUCCUUUAUUCUUGUUUCAAAAAAACAAUAUUCCACUGAAACAAGACAUUCAUUUUCGAGCAUUACCUCCCAAAGUUCAUUUUAUGCAUGCAAAUGACUCGCAUUCAUAUCCAAUUAAGGCGAUCUGGGAAGAGGCUGUGUAUCAUUGUGAACAGAUCUUAUUUGACUGUGAUAAUUUGAUGAACUGCCACAAGGCCUGCUGGUCAGCAAAAAUGAUGGUUCAGCAAGAAUGUUCCAAAGCUCAUGAUAAUUUGAAUUGUCUUAUUCAAAAUUUGACAGCAAAGGUUGAAUUUUUCCUCCUAAGUUUACGACAUAAUGUAAAAAAGUAUCAAGAGCAAGCAGAAGGAGGAAUUUCAAGUCACAGCUUAAUUAGCAGUUGGCAUGACAAAGAAACAGAAGCAGUAGCUAUUCAGCAUUCUAUUCAAAAAUGUAAGAUGUGGCUUGAAGCAAAGAAUAUUCACACCAAAAAAGUUUGUUCUUUAUUUGUUGUCAAACAUUUUGACAACUUGAAACGAGAGGUGAAUGCUGCUAAAAGUCUCUACAUCAAGAAAAAUUACUCUGAUGAAGAGCAGAAAACCAUGAAACGAUUAUUUCUAAAUUGUAUUGAAUGCCAAAAAGAAAUAUUCAAUGUAGUUCAUAAGCAGCUAAUAGAAUACAGACAAGCACGGCUGGAGCAUCUGAACAAUCUCAAUGAAGCAAAUCAACAUAUUGCUCACCUGCAAAAGUAUAGCUCCAGUAUAACAACUCUACAGAAAAAUCUCCAAGUCAGCAUUUGGAAGUUGAUUGAAGUUGUUCUUAAGAAGUCAACAACAAAUUCCCAGUAUUAUUCCAAUAUGGAAGAUGGGCAAUUUUUAUCUCGAAAUUCUGUGGAAUCCUUGCAAGUUCUUCAAGAUUGUUCAAGCAUACAAAAUGACUUUCUGCAAUUGAUGUCUGAUUUGCAAUUAAUUAUUGAUUCGUCAUAA